GCCAGUUUGAACACAAUCGACUUGUACAUUGUGCAUAUUUCAGUAUGUUGUUGGCUCUAGCUUUCCUUUGGCUCUCAGUAUUUUGGGCACAGUGUGAAAAAGUGUCACAGAAGCCAGGCUUGAAACUUUUCCGAGAGGAUUAUAAAAGCGUUCAAGAAACUUGCAUUGCCGUCGGAUUUGUGAAAAACAGCUGUGGAAAUGAUACAAAGAUAGGUAUUGCCUUUGAUGCUCGAUUGGGAAAAAGUAUAAGGAACCUUGCGACCAAAGGCCGAGUUGUUUUUGAUACAGUAAAUCUGAACCAAGGAUUGGGAUAUGACGCAUCUACUGGAGUCUUCACGGUCCCUAGUGGCGGAAUCUAUGUGUUCGAAUGGACAGUUCUUGCAUGGCAUGGCUUAGAAGGCCACACCGCACUUACUGUGAAUGACCAGUUUAAAUCAUGGAAUCACUGCCACUCUGGAAAGUCCAAUAAUUUUCGAUCCUGUAGCAAAAUGGGAGUAAUGAAGCUACAUAAAGGAGAUAAAGUCUGGAUUGCAGUUUUUAAUGGGUCAGCUAACAUUUAUAACACAUACACAUCUUUUUCUGGCUUUAAACUGUAAAUUUAUAUGAACGCGCCCUUAAAAGUGAUGGAGGGCUUUUAUUAGACUACAAAUCUAACUUUCCUGGGUUUUUUUUUGUGAAGAAA